CUGGAGCCCCUCCAUGUCCCCGCGGCCCGCCCGGUGCGGUGCUUGGGGGGCAGCCGUCGGGGGGAAGGCCUGUGUCGUGCCACAGGCCCAGCGGAGGAGGGGAUGACAGGGACGGCGGCCUUGUCUACCCUUUACCUUGUCCACCCCCUCUACCUGCUAGAGCCGACGUCAGACGGCUGGGAAAUAAUACACACAGGUCAUUGUUUAUAAUGUAGCCGCAUCUGAAGAAAUUUGAAGUGGCUUUGUGUCAUGCUGACUAACAACAUAGGGCAUCAUUUCAUGGUACAUCAAGCAAUGAUUCCAAGAAACCUGAAGCCGUUUCCCUACAUUUGUGGCAGCAGAAUGUUGUCAGGUUACAAACCAAAAAGGAACAUCAAGGACUCUUACAAAAUUCUUGAGCUUGAGGAAGGUUGUUCCCUUGAUGAUGUCAGAAACUCGUAUCGAAGUCUUGCCAAAAAAUACCAUCCAGACAGCGGUUCUGCCACAGCUGAUUCCGAAGCGUUUAUGAAAGUAGAAGAAGCGUACAGAGUUGUGCUGAGUGAUGUGGCGACCAAAAAGAAAUCAAACGAGAGUAAUGAAGAGGAGGAAGACCAGUUCAAGCCAAAAGCACCACAGCAUCGACACUACUUGAGUUUUGAAGGUGUUGGUUUCGGGACACCAAGCCAAAGAGAGAAGCAAUACAUGCAGUUUCGAGUAGACCGUGCUACUGAACAAGUGUUGGAGUACCGGAAGCAGAGACUUGAAAGCCAGUAUGCUGGGACCGACCUAAUGAAAGCCAAAGAUGUGAGGGAGAGCAAAAAGGUGAAAAUAACGCAAGCAGUUGAGCGGUUAGUUGAGGACCUCAUCCAGGAAUCGAUGGCGAAAGGAGACUUUGACAACCUCAGUGGCAAAGGAAAACCCUUGCAGAAAUUUUCCGACUGUCCGCAUAUCGACCCUAUGACUCACAACUUGAACAGGAUUCUGAUAGACAAUGGGUACCAGCCAGAGUGGAUCCUGUUGCAGAAAGAAAUACGGGAAACUAUUGAGCGGUUACGGAAGAACAUAGUGGCUUCUAGAAGUCAGCUUGGAGGGCCAAUGACUCCGUAUAGGCAAAAGCAAUGGAAUCGUAUUUGUGAGCAAUUUAUAGAAGAUAUCAGGAAAUUAAACAAAAGAAUAGACAACUUCAAUUUAGUUGUUCCUAUUAUGAGCAGACAAAUGGUGCACUUCAGUGCAGACAAAGAAAUUGUUCGAGCACAAAAGACUUACGAAGCUUUGAUGGAAAACAGAGAGGUUUCUAAUUCAGACACAAAAGAAAAAGAAGAGGAAAAUGUUAAAAGGUUUGGAUGGAAGUCUUCUCUAUUUAAGUGGUUAAACCUUACAUUGAAAUAAGAUAACACUAAUUCAUCUGUCUUGUCAAGAUUUUGAAUGCACUUUAUUAAUGAAACUUGUAGCACUAGAGAAAUUUCAGGUACACUGAAAAUGUAAAAUCCAGCAGUCCACUGUUACACCAGUUAAGGAAUUGGGUUGUCUGAUAUGCAUUUGCAAGUGCUUAAUUGAUUUAUUUGUGAAUGUUGUUAAGAAACAAAUAAAUUCAGUUAUCCUCUUGCAGCUCA